AUGAUCAAGGGGAAACACAUAUUGGCUAACAUAAAAGCAGCAAGUAACCCACAGGCAUUUGUGGCCUAUACUGAGUAUAACAUGGAUCAUACCGAGGCUGAUAAGUUGGUCGAGCAAAUUCAGAAAGUGUUCCAGGACAGUGUGACUAAUUUUGAAACUCAACAAUGUUUAACACGGGACGAAAAGGACAUGGGUAUAUCGAAGUAUGACAAUUGCUAUCAAAUACUCUCCCUGGCCCUCUCAGAAAAAUUGGCACCCUAUGUGGUUACUGUGGGUGAACCGGCCUAUUAUGGGGUGAAUCAUGAUGUAAAGACUCACACGAAAAUGAUCGAGAUGCUUUUGGGAGAAUUAACAGACUUUAAAAUCUAA